CACACAAUACAAUCACCAUGUCCGAACAAAGACCAGACAUCAUCUCUAGCUUACCACUAGAGCUUCUUCUCUACAUCAUCAGCUUCAUCCCUUUCGAGUCAGCAAGACUAACUCCUUUCGUCUCCACACGGUUUAGGUUCGUUUGGAGCCAAGCCCUAGUCGUUGCACACAGCCAUAACGGCUCCAUCGAGGCCAUCUCUCGCUUCAUCCACAACUUCAACGAACACGAUCCGUCUAAAAACACUCGAAAGAUGGAGUUGCACUUCGACAAGUCAACCUUUGUAUCAACUAUUCUUGCACCUAACAACGUCAUGCAUAUGAGCUUCAUCUUUUCUGAUGGCUCUAAGCGAGAAGAGAGCUUUUGCUGGCGUAUUGAGAUUAACAAACAGAUCCCAAGACGUGUAGAGUCAAAAGGUUUCUUGGUGAAGACACUUUGUUUAGACUCGGUUUAUUCACUAACCCACGAGGUCGUUUCCUCCAUGUUGUUGGAUUUUUCUUUGCUAGAGAGCCUCAAGAUUUGUGAUUGCAAGGGAUUGACUUCUCUCACUAUUGAUUCACCAACUAAGCUUCUUCACUUAUCGAUCUCUGGUUGCACGAAGCUGAGAUAUCUUGAUAUUAGAUCAUCUAAACUUAAAACUCUUCAUUACCAAGGAUUUUUACCUUCUAUCAAGAUCCAUGAACAUUUUAACUUGACCAGUGCAAUCUUCGACGUAAGACGAGGUCCAAGUUAUUGCAACAAUGCUUUUGAUGACAUCGGUCAUCUUUUGCUGAUCAUCAAGAACUCUCAAUCUCUUACACUUUGCCGAUGGAUGUUUGAGGAACUAAUCAGACCAAUUAUAUCCUCUUCUUGGACAUCAUUCCAAUUCUACAAGUUACAUGAGUUGCGGUGGAUUGAUAACUCGAUGAAACAAGAAAACAUCAAUCCCCUAAUCUCUUUUCUCAAACUUUGCCCUUCAAUCGAGCACGUCUUCAUUACUAUUGAUUCAAAUACUUAUAGUUCAAAUGAAGAACUUAGUGUUGAUUCUGACCAUGGGAGCAAACAUGCAAGAGUACUAAAGAACUUAAAACUGGUCGUGUUGGAAGGAUCAAAGAAUGAAGAGGAUACGAAUCAACUGAUAUUGGCUCUACAGGAGAUAGUCAACAGCGAUCAGCCGCUGCGUGUACUAUCUUCGUGA